AUGUGUGGCCGAUAUGUUCUAGCUCUGCGCUAUGGCCAGGUGCACGACGUCUUGCAGGAGCACGGCCUGCCCGCCGACGACUUCCACGAACAGCACGGAGGAUGGGGACAGGACGAUUCCGAUGACGCGCAACAGGACCACCGAAAUGCUGAGGGAAAUGACCUCGCGCACGACACAGAGGCUCCGGGAAAUGCGGAUUCUUCCAAAGGAGGAGAUGCCAUAUUCCAACCUUCGUACAACUUUGCGCCGGGCUACCACGGUAUCGUCCUCCGGCCUGUCUUCCCUGGGAAGCAAUCCGACAAGCCAAGCACACCGACCAACAAAGUCAAAGUUGGCGAGAGGAAGGCCGAAGUACAUCUCCAGCUACAGGUCAUGAAGUGGGGCCUUGUGCCAUUCUGGAUGAAGAAACGUCCAAACUACUCGGCCAUGCUCAAGACAAUCAACUGCCGCGCCGACUCACUUGCAGCCGGGCUUCUACGAAUGGCUCAAAACGGGCCCAAAGAGCGCGUGCCACACUACAUCCGAAGGCGAGAUGGACUACCGCUGCUGCUGGCCGGGCUGUGGGACAGUGUAGUGUUUGAGGACGGUGAGGCCGGCGAGAGCGGUAAAGACGGCACCGGAACGAAGACGUAUACAUACACAAUCAUCACGACAGACUCUAACAAGUCGCUGCGGUUUUUGCACGACCGCAUGCCUGUUGUGUUCGACUACCAGUCACGCGAGCUGCAGAUGUGGCUGGACCCGACGCACGACGCGUGGUCGAACGAGCUGCAGACGCUGCUCCGGCCGUGGCCCCGAAUGGCGGAAGACGACGGCGCGGCUCUAAUCGUCGAUGUAGUGAGCAAGGAUGUCAAUAAAGCCGGGCACAGCUCGCCAAGCUUCAUCGUGCCGGUGGCCAGCGAGAGCAACAAGGCAAAUAUUGCUAAUUUCUUCCGAGGAGGGAUGGUGUCGAAGGAAGAAAAGCAAACGAAGCGAGAGGCAGAAGGCGGAGAGGUUGAUGCCGAGCAGCCGGUGAAGAGAGCAAAGGUCGUGGCUCCUACGGAGGAUGCGAUUCCUCCUGCCACAGCGCCAAUACCGACGACGCCCGUGAAGAACACCGUGGGCACGCGACCAGCAUCCAUGACGGCGAGCAGCAGUAAACAGCGUCAGGAUACCAUGGGAAGCAAAGGGAACAGCAAAUUUAAGGCAACGGCUCGCACACCAAGCAAGAAGGCACAAGACGACAAAAGCAGUGGCAGCCAGAAGAUCACGUCCUUCUUUGGCCUCAAGAACGGUUAG